AUGCGACUCCCUUGUUGUUCGGCCCGUAUGGUCAUUAUCUUGGCCGUUUUGGCCACUUUAACUUUCGCCGGUGCUUUGCUAUUGUGUUUUUGGGGCAUACCGUUGGUCAUUAGAGAACAAAUACAUCAGCAAACCAGAUUAUCGGAAGGCACGGAGCAAUGGGACAGGUUUCUUGAGCUACCUUUUGCACUAAACUAUUCAGUGAGAUUCUUCCUUGUUCAAAAUCCUAGCGAGGUGGUUCAUAAUGGUUCGGUGCCUGAUUUGAAGGAAAGCGAACCAUAUACCUACUCGAUGAAGCUUAAAAAAUUGGAUCACAGAUUUGAUGAUAACGAUGAAGACAGUGUUACGUAUCAUAGAGAGUUUGAUUUUGCUUUUGAUUAUUCUGGUAAUACUCAUCCAGAGACAAUGGUUACAAUUAUAAAUCCUCUUCUUAUGGCUGCUCUUCAACUUGCCAAUUCUUUGGAAAGAUUGGCUUUUGCCGGUUGCAUAGACCAAUUAUUAGGGUCUGCAAGAUUAGAUAAACCAAUUACAACUCAGUCUGUAAAAAAGCUACUAUUUGAUGGAGUAAAUUUCGGAUUUACAAACGAAACUGGAGCGGCUUGUACUGCAGUUAGAAAUAGGAUUAUACCGCUUUUAAAAGACGUACGUGUCGUUGAAGAAGUUGAAGAAGAAACUACCGGAACUCGGUAUUUUAGAAUAGCGUUUUUUAAUUAUAAAACUAUAAACUACCUGAAAACACCCCCUGACGGAAUUUACACAGUCAACCGAGGGCAAAGAAACAUGUCAGCUCUUGGCAAAAUAAUGAGAUGGAACGGAGGAACAACAAUUCCGACGUACGGAACAGCAAGUUCUACAAAUAAUGAAACUUGCCAUAAUCUUAGGGGUACAGAUUCCACGAUUUAUCCUCCGUUUCUCCGAAAAGAUGAACCGAUAGUGAUUUAUAAUACAGAUAUAUGUAGAACCGUAGAACUAUUUCAAACAAAUUCAAAUCUGGAAUACAGAGGAAUAUCGGGCGCUCACAAGUACGAAACCAACGAAAACCUACUUAGACCUGCGACAGUUACGCCGGAACAAGAUUGUUACUGUUCAAAAGCUACUAAAAAUGUGGAAGCCAAAGACGAUUGCUAUUUGGACGGUACUUUCGAUUACAAGCCUUGUCUCGGAGCUCCUGUGAUCCUUUCGCAGCCGCAUUUCCUAAAUGCCGAUCCAAAGUAUGGCAAAAAUUUCACUACUCUUAAGCCUGACAAGUCCAAACAUGCGAUGUAUCUUAUUGUGGAACCUAAUACUGGUACUCCUUUGGAAGGUUUAAAAAGAGUCCAAAUUAAUACAGUUUUAAGGCAAGAGCCUCUAAUUUCAUUUAUCACUCCUCCCACCAUGUAUCAAGGUAUUAUUCCAGUUUUGUGGUUGGAAGAGUCAUUCAGUAUACCGGACAAGUAUCUUGAUUUAUUGGACAAUCAAUACUUCAAAAAAGUGAAACUGGCCACAACAUUCAAAUACGGUUUUGUUGGUGUUGCUGCAGCAAUAUUUACUGGAUGCCUAUUUUUAUUUGUUAGAAAGCAAUUUUUUAAAAAGAAAAGCAAUUAA